GGAGGAUAUACCCUUUUCUGAUGAAUAUUUGUCAAACACAGGCGGUCGACGAAGUGUUAGCAUUAGAGAGUUUCUUUCUUACAAGUUUCAUGAACGGGCUAUCGAGGACUCUUUCAUCCUUAAGAGUAGGAGGUUGUUCCAACAAGUCACAGUUGAUGGAUACACGAUGGUUGAGUCAUCGAGGCUAAUGUAUAUUAAAACCCAUCAAAAAGAACUUAGGUGCGAAAUGUACAAAGGUCUAUCAGAUGCUUUGCUAAGGGGUGAGAGAGAUGCGUCAACACAGGGCAAGCGAGUUGUCCUUCCACCUACAUUUGUUGGGGGGGCUCGAUACAUGGUUCAAAAUUAUCAGGAUGCCAUGGCUAUCUGUCGAUGGGCAGGGUACCCAGAUCUAUUUUUGACUUUCACAUGUAACCCAAGAUGGCCUGAAAUUAAUAGCUUCCUUUCUUCAAGGAAUUUGAACCCUGAAGAUCGUCCCGAUAUAGUUUGUCGAGUGUUUAAGAUGAAGUUGGAUGGCUUGAUCAAAUAUCUAAGACAAAGUAAGUUGUUUGGACAAAUUCGAGCAGUGAUUUACACGGUUGAAUUCCAAAAGCGUGGGUUACCGCAUGCUCAUAUUUUAUUAUUCAUGGGAAAUGAAGACAAAUUUCCCACCCCAGCAGACAUUGACCGCGUUAUAUCUGCUGAAAUACCGGACGAGAGGGCUGAUCCUGAA